UCAUCAAGUUAAUUCUUUCCAAAGAAGAGCAAGACACUGGGGUAUUUCACAAAGAAGAUAUGAUAGUGGGUCUCAAAAAGUCAGGCCCAGCAUUCAUCCGUCAUCGCGCCAGGAGCAAGACAGAGAUGUGGCAAUGAGUGAUGCCCACGUGGGCCCUGGAGUAAGAUACACACACUAUGCCAUUCCAACCUACUAUCGGAAAGGCAGAUGUCGCAGAGGAGACCAAACCUAUGGAAACAUGGAGAGAGACAGAAAACCUCCACAGGAAGGAAUGCAGGGGAACAGGCAGGAUGGAAGCUCCAGGAGCUGGUUCAAGGUCACAAUUCCAUUUGGCAUAAAACAUGAUGAGAAGUGGCUGCUGAAUUUGAUCCAGAGCCAAUGCAGUGUCCCCUUCAACCCGAUUGAGUUUCACUAUGAGAACAUGCAGGCCCAGUUCUUUGUGGAGAAUGCCAGCAUUGCCUUCGAGUUGAAGAAAGUCAGUGGCAAGAUUUGGGAUGAAGAAAACAAAUGUAUAUCUAUCUUUGUCAGCCCCUCUGCCGUACCCCACUCUGUGCAGAAGGAGCUGAAGUCAGAAAUGGUGAAACUGCCAAACGUGACCAAGAACAAAGGAUAUGAAGUUCCCCAGCAAGCUCUUGACCUCCGGAGAGUCCACUCAGACCCAGAUAUGACUGACAAUGUGUUGACCCAUAAUAUUGAAGUGGGUACAAAUCUUAGAAACUGCAUGGCUGCCUCCCAGCAGAUCCUCGAAGAGAAUAGGCCCAAGCUUUUGUCCUUCAACUUGAGCAACAACACACCCUACCAGCUGGUUGGCCUGCCCGACACCAUGCAGAAGGCCCCCAAACUCAAGAGCCUGAACCUCUCCAAAAAUGAGGUGAGAAGUGAUAGGGAGUUGGACAAGGUGAAAGAGCUGGAGCCAGAAGAGAUGUUUGCAGACAGAAACCCUCUGUGCACCACCUUCACAGAUAAGUCCACCAACAUAGGGUCAGUUUUGCCCUCUUUUGGCCCCUGGCAGCCUGAGCUGCUCCUGACACUGCCUGUCUGCAGGAGGCUGCAGCCCAGCACCUCUGGGAGGACCACGAAGCAGGGCUCCCACUUCAUCUCCAGGACCAGGGGACUCCAGACUGUGCCCUACUCCCCCACUGGGGCUGCCUGGAGUCAGAUCCUGGUGCCCUGGAUUGAUAACCACGAGGUACCCCCACCCAUCGUCUUAGGCACUGAAGCCUCCAAGAAGUUACCAGUCUGCAAGGGGAGCAUCUUCGGAUCUGAGACCCUGGGGAAUCUAAUCUUACUAUUCCUGCUACAGUAUUACUACUGGAUCUGUGACUACGGGGACAGGUGGGGUCUCCUGGAUGCUUAGCACAAUGGGGCCUGCUUCUCGCUAGCUGUUCCCUUCGACUCUGAGGACCUAUUUCCACACAGCUUAGACAAAUAUUCCAAGGGGAGCAGGACUAUGAGGAAUCUCAAGGACCCUGUCCUGCGGGUUCAGUUGCUGAAACACACAAAACGUGACAUUGUUGAUUUCCUCAGCGUGUUGCCCAGAACCCAGCAUGACGUCAGCUCCUUGGUGGUGGACAUGUGUGUCCAGAUGGAAAAGAUGCUCUGCUUUUCUGUCAGUGGGGCCUUCAAGGAGGUGGAAGGAAUGUCUCUGGCUCAUGUUCGUGCCUUCACCCAGAUCUUCAUCGCUACUCCUUCCAGUAACUUCAGCUUAUGCAUCGUGAAUGACCAACUGUGUGUGAGGGACAGCAGCCCCAUAGAGACCCAGGGUGCCUUCUCCACCCCAGUGCCCAACUCCUCCAGCUUCCUACCCACCCUCUCCCAGGAGCAGCAGGAAAUGGUGCCAGCGUUCACUGCCCAGUCUGGGCUGAACCUUGAGUGGGCUCAGAAGUGCCUUCAUAGCAACAACUGGAACUACACCAGAGCCUCACAAAUUUUUGCUCUGUCCACUCUCCGAACAUCAUAUCCUCUCCCUUCCCUCCUGCUUCUCUGUACUGCCUGCCUACUGCCGGCCUCGCUGCUGAGUGAGACCUGCCCGGACGCCCAGACCCUGCCCUACACCACCCCCAGCGUCACCCCGCUCUUCGCCAAACCCCCCAAGCAGCACCGGAGCCACACUAUGGACUCCCGGACCCCGCCCUGCACCGUCCCUCGGCCCCACCGCGCCAAGCACCACCCACCCCCAGCGGAACGGGGACGAACCUCCGGACCUCGGAACCCUACCCAGUGCCACUUUCCGGCCCUGCCCUGUCGAUUGCCACACCCCCGAAAAGCACCGGCACAGAGCCCCAGACCCACGGUCCACGCCCCAGGACUCUUCCCAGCCCCGUUGCGCCAAGCCCUAUGCACCCGAGCGGAACUGGCAGAGACCUCCAGACCCCAGGAUCCUGCCCGUAACGCCCCUUGGCGGCCUCCUGUGAAGAACUGUGCCUUCAUGUGGGACCGGUGUGGACCCCAACCGCAGUCUGUGACACCCCCUGGCCCCACCCCACCAAGCGCAAAGCCACUGAGUGGGACUGGUGUGGACCCUGCCGCCGCACCGCCCCCAGCCCCGCCCCAUUGA